AUGACAACUCCUGCCGUUGCAGAGGUUUACGGCGACAUGCUUGGCUUCCCAUCCCGUCUUCUCAUGUCCGAUGACACUCCCAACCAAGAUCCGAAAGUCAACCCAUCGACUAAAACUGCUAUUGAGCUUUGGGGUCUUUACUCGUACAACUUGCGCAAAGCAACGUACAAAGGGACAUAUAAGCUUACAGGAAGAGAAAACAAGCGCAACUUUAUCAUCGGCCGUAGUAGCCUUACCGGCAUGCACAGAUUUGCUAGCCUCUGGAAUAAUGACAACGGCAGUCCUUGGGGUUUCUGGAGAAUAUCGGUUGCGCAGGUCAUUGUUCUGGGGUACAGUGGCAUAACAAUCGCAGGAUACACUGGAGCAUUUUUGAUGCCCUGGUACCGAAAUAUUACUUACAUUCAGCAUUUCGGCGGCAAGAGCUUCCAGUACACAUACGCUUUUCAGAAUUACCCGCAAGCUCUCGAGGGGUCCUGCCAAGAUGUGUACAACCUCUACAUAUCAGUCGAGCCGAUCUGCCGCUACUACGUCCAGCUCCAACAUUCGCUCAUGCAGGUACUUUAUGACACGAUAUUUGGGAACCUCAUUAACGGUUUGCCCAUUGCCCGCACCAUGCUGGUUACUGAUCUGGAAGACACAUCGCUAUUCAAUGCAAAUGACAAUUUCAUCUACAAUCAAUAUCUUCUUAGUCACAACAUUUUGGUUUGCCCCGUCCUCAAUCCGGGCGUAAACUACAGGCCAAUUUAUCUACCCGGUUCUGAUCAGUGGUACCCAUUAAACCUCCGCAUCGACGUGCAGAAUCAGGUGAAGAACCCGCAACGAAUAAAGUAUGCUGCUGAUUUGGAGCAAUCCCAUUACUCUAUGUACUUGGAUGACGGCGUCUUCCGGGACAGUGCACCGGCCUGUCUACCUCAAUACAGGUAUCCUCAUGCUGCCACCUCUGCUACGUGUGAGGCCAAGAGCUAUUUCCGCGAAGUCAAGAUUCAUCAGGAGUAUAACGGCGCAUUGCGCAUUAUCAAGCUCUCUCAUCCUUGGAACCAAUUCAACGCGUGUCCUCUUAUUGGCGACACGUAUCAACUCGCCAUCUGGACUGAAAAGUGCACAGCACCAAGCGCUUCCGAUGCCGUCAGUGUCUCGUUUCAGGACCAAGACGGAAAUUCCAUCACUAAUCCAGGUUUGACGUUCGAGUAUACCCCAAGCCGAGGUGUUUUGACGGUUUAUGUGCCGGUAGCUCUGGUACCCAAUCUUCAGAACCAGCUACCUGGAUUGGUUUUCCCCGAGGACCACUUCGUCUCUAUCCGAGUUUCUGGGCUUCCUUGA